GAUGAAGUGAUGAAGUAAAUGUUUAAAUGUAGAACUAGUUUUAUGAGUUACCAUAAUUGUAAUAACAUUGUUUUUUUUUCACACCCCAGUUUAAUUAAGCAAGAAUAUAAUUUUAAUUAUUUUAAGAUUUUAACUGAUCAUUGGAAGCACACUGAAAGGGUUUGAGAACAAAUCAUUUGUUAAUUUUCCAUCCUGGCAUACAUAUCAUUGGAUGAAAAAAGUAUUAAUGUUUAAAAUUGUAAACAAGAAUGGCGGACGAUCAAGAUCAGGUAGAAACGUUUUGCUCAAUUUUAAAACGAAUACAUAUAUAAAUGUAAUUAAAUAUUAAAUGAACAUGCUGUUUAGAAAUCCUAGCCUCCUGUUAUGUAAAUAUAUAUACUGGCUGAAAGAAAAAAACAUAGUUCGUAAAACAAACACAUGUUUGGACUAGGGCCUUUGUCGUUUGAGAGCUUCAGCUUGUCAGCUUGUGAUUCAGACUGGUAGUGACUGUAACUGUAGUGGUAGGCUUGUAGGUUUCUCAAACUUAACUCAUUACUGACAUUAGCCUUGUCAUAAACUUAGAUUAAAAAUCACUACACUCACAGUACAGGGUUACCACAGUACAAUGCUAGGUGUGUGCUCUUAUGAAAUUAUACAUUACACAGCUUUUAAAGCAUACCGGCACUUAAAAUUUAAAACUGAAACCAACAUCAACAGUCAUCAACAAGCUUUAGUGGUUAUUGAGCGAUGAAUUUUUCAAAAUGUCAGUUGGUAUGGCCUUUUUAGUAAAAGUUGAUGUCUGUAUGGAGUGGACCAUAACAUUUUGCAAUCCUGUUGUGUUAUUUUCAUUUUUAAAUAUUUAUGUUUUAAAUUUAGCACAGGAAUUGAAAUAGCAUUAGCCUAGCAUAUUUUACAACUUACAAGUGGUCUAAAAUUUCAUGAUCUUGUAUGUUGUAGGCGUUUUAUUAUUCGUAUGCUGUCAUUCUAAAGGUAAAAUACAAUAAAAUCAAUGAGAUGACCAAUCUAUUUUUAAUUAAAUAAUUAAUUAUUACGAGUGGCUACUUAUAACUUAUACACCUGUAGUUAUAGUUAUAGUUAACAUAAGACAUAAGGCAUCAUAGCAAAGCUAGUAACUCUUACGAUUUUGAUGUACAACGUGAAGUUUUGAGAUAUCUUUUACCAUUGUAUGACGAGUCCUGUGAGAACUACGCUUUUAAUGGACUAGAUUGAAAAAAAAGUAUUUCUGUAGUUUUUGUGACUUAAAAAAAAAAAGAAAGCAACACUAUCGGUUGUUAGUUUUACUUUAAUCCUUUCUACUUCUGGCGGGGAGGGAAUAGACUGUGAAAUACAAUUGGUUUGGGACCAUCAAUAAUUAUAUAUGGUACGCACUGAGGGGGGAAAGUGGUGUUGAUUUAGAAACAUAUGGCUGUGGGGCAUGCAUGGCCGGGGGGGGAGGGGGGAUGUCAAAUUAUAAAACAGAAAACAGCCUUGUUUUGUAAUGAUGGGGACAAUUUUCAUAUUGUUGCUUUAUACAUAUGGCUACAUUAAAAUAAGCGUAGUUGCUCUAGUGAAAAAUACUGUCAAAAUUAGCUUUUGGUAUGAUGUAAUUUUGGGAUAUAAUUAUUUUUUCGGCUGAACCACGGUGAUUAUGAAAAAGGAGAAAACUAUCCUCUGUUAGUUUCAGCACUUCUCUUUCUUUCUCCCAAUACAACUUGUGAUAGUUAUUAUUAGACUAAGAUUUGUUAACAUGUUAACGAAUAACGAGAAAUAGAAUCAGGCUCCAAAGCUUAAUCCAGGCGUGGACAACGUGCAUUGUUAAUGCUGCUUGCCACAUUAAAUAUUGUGGAUUUUGUAUGUGUCACAAAUCAACUUAUUUUUUAUUCAAUUAGUGCUUAUUUUUACUCUUAAGCUUGUAUAAAGGCACAUUUGAAAUAUUUAUACAUCAUUUUUUUGUAAUGUGUUACCUGCCACUGUUUUUGACUGAUUUAAGAAAAUAGAUAGGAAUAAGUAAUCUUAAAUAAAAAAUUAUAGUUUAUUAACUAAUAAAAUUAAAGGAUUUAUUAAAACACCACAAGGAAAAAAGAACCCAAUUUUCCACAAGCAUUUCUUCUGUUGUUCUCUGAUUACAAGUGUAGAAUGAUGCAAAAAUAAAUUCAGGUUUACUUCAAAUUGUAUUUUGAAUUUUUAAAAAAUAAUUUCAACCCCUCCCGAAAUGUGACAACCCCCCAUUUGUAGAUUUGUAUUUCAGUUAAUUUUCCUAGUAACAAUAAGGGGUAUUUUAGCUUCAGAAACCCAGCCUUCAUAAAAAAAAAGUAUUUUAACAAAGUACUGUUUAAUGUCUAAUAAACAGCAAAAAUCAUGUUAUAGAUUCUCAUGGUAGAGUUACUCCUUUUCAAUUGCUUUUAUUUUAAAUGUGUUUUCAAAUUAUUAGGCAAUGCCAGUGCAAACUGUUGAGGAACCCCUUGAUCUUGUACGUCUCAGUUUAGAUGAAAGGAUUUAUGUCAAGAUGCGGACAGAUAGAGAGCUGCGUGGACGUUUGCAUGUAAGUAACAAUUUUAGAAUAUUUGUUAAGAAUAAUUCCAUUCAGACCGAAAAAGAGUAUGUAUCACUUAAAUCUUAAAUGUAUAAAACAAAAGCCUAUAGAAAAUAUAGCAGAGACUUAGAAAGUUAUAAGUUUUGAGAAUAAGGCAUUUAGACUUAGACUGUCAGGGUUUUAGAUCCUGGCUGCUAUGAAAUUUCUUUGGUGCAGGACCAUCUGGGUAAAUAAUAUGACAUUUAACAAAAGGGCUGUAUGCUAAUGCUAUGGAAUUUACAGCCAAAUGGAAACACUGUUUUUGACACCACUGUUGUCAAAAUUUCAAUAUCAAUUAAAAAAAAUAUCAUAAUCUAUUAAUAGUAAUAGUAUUCAUCCUCAAUAUUUCUUUUGCAUGCAUGUAUACAAAAUUUCAUUUUGCUUUCUUAAAGGCCUAUGAUCAGCAUUUAAAUAUGAUUCUUGGGGACGUUGAAGAAACAGUCACAAGCUCAGAAAUUGAUGAAGAAACAUAUGAAGAAAUUUUUAAGGUAAAACAAAAAAUAAAUAAACCAUAAAAUUAUGGGUAAAAAUUUCUACUACAUGAAAAUGUGUUACUUUAAUUUUCUGAGUAUGCUGUUAGGGUUGGUGUGAGAAUAAUGAUUAAAAAUUAGCCAUCUUCCACCAUGUUUUACAUAUCCAAAAUAGUGGAAAGAAGCCAUGUCAAUAAAAAAUAUGUACCUAAAAAAAAUAACUAAGCGAGACAGUAUGUAUAUUAAAAAUAAUAUUUUGUUUUAUUGGGAGCUGAUUUGUCUUUCCAGGCCAAAUUGUAAUCAACUUACAUUUUACACAUGUUUUGCUUUCAUUUUAUGUGUUAUCAUAUAUUACAUACAUUUUGAUGGAAUAUAUAUUUCCUUCCCAGACAACAAAAAGGUCAAUAGCUAUGUUGUUUGUACGAGGUGAUGGAGUGAUUUUGGUAUCUCCACCAAUGAGGACAGCUACAUAAAUGUUGUGCAGCUAUUUGUUAACUUGUUUUCAUUAAUUCAGUAGAAAUGAUUUUAACAAUAAAUAAAAGGUCAUUCGUAAGAUAAUGUUUUUACUCUUAUUCCUGAUGAUGAAUUCUGCCUGUUUCUUAAGAAUUGUUAAUGAUGCUCUGUCCUAUGUCAUAAAAAUAGACAUUUUACACAAAGUAUGCAUAAUGCAUGACAUUUUUAUUAGUUCAUUUUUAUUAGUUCAUGCCCAGAACCACAUGACAGUAAAUAAACAAUCCACAUAUAUACAUAACAAAAGAACAUAGUCAUAGUUAUUCUUUUAAACUCUUGAAUAAACACAUCGGUCAGUAAUUAAAAAAUGUUCAGUUCAUGAGAUUUAAAAAAGAAGUAUAUAUAAAGAACAAUUAAUGACCAACCUUUUCUUUUAUAAAUUAGUCAGUUUGGAAAGUAAAGGAGUCUAUUAAAAAAAAACAUUUCUAAAACAGAUUCUAUCUAAAAACAACCACAAUAAAAUUUAGUAAUUAGUAUUACAAAUAUAACCAUUCUGUGGUUCGUGUGAUGAUGUUGAAUUAGAAAUUAAAUAUAACAUGAUUAAUACAACAUGAUUAAAUAAGAUCUAGUGGCAUGACUGAGUUCCGUUAUUAUGUUGGCAAUUGUCAAGUUAAAAAAGAUUAAAUUAAUACAUGGCACAGUAUCAACUCAGUAUCAACUAUUAACACCUUUGACACCACAUAAGAGUACGGUGCACUAAGUAUCAGAGUCAAAUCUUGUUUUGCUGUAGUUUAUGCAUCUCACCAUGAUGGAAAAAUUUUUUGGAAAGCACAAAAUCUCUUCUGUGAAUUCUAAGUGGGUCAAUCGGAUAGCUCAGUGAAAAUUACACUUAGAUUUUUCAGUAUAUGUUAACAACCCAAUUAGUAAAAUAACUAAUCAUGAUGAAUUAACAAUCCUUUGUCUCUGUUUGCUAGCAUGGAGGUUGGCUAACUCAAAAAUAAUUUGUUUGAAAUUGGACUGAAACCUGAACACAAAUAAAUUAUGGGGGUAUAAAUUAUUUUUGGAAAUUUUCAGCACUUUUUUAAAAAGUAGUUAAUCUGACCAUAGAGGUACUUUCUAAAACAUUGUUUACUGCUCAAGAUUAUUAGCCAUAAAUUCACUGGGUUUUUAAACAAAUAUGCAAUCUUAAUACAUGAAGCCCCAAUUGACUUUUCUGACAUUUGCUGAAGUGAAGAAUUUUUUAAGUUCAUAAAACUUAACAUCUUCAGAAGCAAAGGGUUUAAUUAUUCAAAUAUAAAAAAAUGAUUAAGGCAAGAUUUUAUUUUAAGAGUAAUAUUUAUAUUUUUAAACUUUGAAAGCCUGAAACUAAUUAAAACAAUUUUUUUUUAGAUUAACUGCUAAAACAAAUGUCAUUGUUUUACCAACAAGUUAAGUUAUUCAAGGUUGCAGACAAUAAAAUAUUGAAAUAUCUAUUUGUGUAGCAAACUGGAUUUAAUAAUGUAUAACAUGAAAGCAAUAUUAUUUUGUAUCACAUGUCAGUCAGCUGCUCAACUACUGAGCCCAGCAAUAAGUUCUAUAUACAUUCACAAUAUUUAACCAUAGUUAAAUUAUCCUGGUGAGAGGAAUUAAGCUGUCUGCAUCAAGAGAAAGUAUGCAAGUUUUGUAUUUCAGGGGUUCUUGACAAGGAUUGCCAGCAUCCCCUUGGAUGUGGGAUGCAGUGUCAGGGAGUGUGGGAAGACCCAGUAAAUCAGGUUUAUUUGCAUUUUUUUUUUUAAUUCAAGAGGGGUGCGGUGCUGCAGAAAGA